AUGAUCGUCGGCUUCCUCGUGAAGUCCUGGCCACAACAUCGGAAGACGAGUCCACCACCACUCGAGCGACGUGUCCACCCCUCGUUGGAAUGCACCCGGAACCCGUUGGAACCAGCCAAGUCCCCGUCGGCCUUCGUCCUCUUCAGCGGCCUGUCGUCCAACCCAGCGGCCUAUCGUCCUCCUCAGCGGCCUGUCGUCCAACCCAGCGGCCUAUUGUCCUCCUCAGCGGCCUGUCGUCCAACCCAGCGGCCUAUCGUCCUGCUCAGCGGCCUGUCGUCCAACCCAGCGGCCUAUCGUCCUGCUCAGCGGCCUGUCAUCCUGCUCAGUGGCCUGUCUACCCCCUGCGACCUGUCGCCUCCCGGCCGUACAUUCAUCCCUCGGCCGUACAAUCCCCUUCCUUCCGACCGGGUUCAAAACCAACUCGAGUCGUGCACUGUGAUGCCCAGUUGCUGUCGGAGAACGCCCGGGGCUGCCUACCCGGCGUUGCGAGGAAGCUGCAGCUGGAGGCCGGUUCAGGGGCAGCUGCCGUGA